UCUAGUUCUGCCUUGCGACCCGCCCCCCCCCCGUCCCCCCCUGUCCCCCGCGCGCUCCUCGGCGCAGGGAGGUCCCGCCCCGCGUGCUGGACGCGGCAAAAUGGUGGUAGCAGAGGAGGUGAGCGGAGGGUUUCCCGCGGCAGGUUUCUGACAGACUUGUCCACAAGAAUUCAACUGGCAAGGCUGCUUUUCUGUGCUAAAACUGGGGAGCUGGUGGGCACCAUGAAGAUCUUCUGCAGUCGGGCCAAUCCGACCACGGGGUCUGUGGAGUGGCUGGAGGAGGAUGAACACUAUGAUUACCACCAGGAGAUUGCAAGGUCCUCCUAUGCAGAUAUGCUACAUGACAAAGACAGAAAUGUAAAAUACUACCAAGGUAUCCGGGCUGCCGUGAGCAGGGUGAAGGACAGAGGACAGAAGGCCUUGGUUCUCGACAUUGGCACUGGCACGGGACUCUUGUCAAUGAUGGCGGUCACAGCAGGCGCCGACUUCUGCUAUGCCAUCGAGGUUUUCAAGCCUAUGGCUGCUGCUGCUGCGGAGAUUGUGGAGAAAAAUGGCUUUAGAGAUAAGAUUAUGGUUAUCAACAAGCAUUCCACCGAGGUGACUGUAGGUCCAGAGGGUGACAUGCCGUGCCGUGCCAACAUCCUGGUCACAGAGUUGUUUGACACAGAGCUGAUCGGGGAGGGGGCGCUGCCCUCCUAUGAGCACGCACACAGGCAUCUUGUAGAGGAAAAUUGUGAGGCCGUGCCCCACAGAGCCACCGUCUAUGCACAGCUGGUGGAGUCCAGGAGGAUGUGGUCGUGGAACAAGCUGUUUCCCAUCCGCGUGCAGACCAGCCUCGGAGAGCAGGUUAUCGUCCCUCCUGUGGACCUGGAGAACUGCCCUGGCGCACCCUCUGUCUGUGACAUUCAGCUGAACCAGGUGUCACCAGCCGACUUUACAGUCCUCAGCGAUGUGCUGCCCAUGUUCAGCAUAGACUUCAGCAAGCAAGUCAGUAGCUCAGCAGCCUGCCAUAGCAGGCAAUUUGAACCUCUGACAUCUGGCCGAGCUCAGGUGGUUCUCUCGUGGUGGGACAUUGAAAUGGACCCUGAGGGGAAGAUCAGGUGCACCACGGCCCCCUUCUGGGCACACUCAGACCCAGAGGAGAUGCAGUGGCGGGACCACUGGAUGCAGUGUGUGUACUUCCUGCCACAAGAGGAGCCUGUGGUGCAGGGCUCAGCGCUCUGCCUGGUAGCCCACCAUGAUGACUACUGCGUGUGGUACAGCCUGCAGAGGACCAGUCCUGAAAAGAAUGAGAGAGUCCACCAGAUGCGCCCCGUGUGCGACUGCCAGGCUCACCUGCUCUGGAACCGGCCUCGGUUUGGAGAGAUCAAUGAUCAGGACAGAACUGAUCGAUACAUCCAGGCUCUGAGCACCGUGCUGAAGCCAGACAGCGUGUGCCUGUGUGUCAGCGAUGGCAGCCUGCUCUCCGUGCUGGCCCAUCACCUGGGGGUGGAGCAGGUAUUUACAGUCGAGAGCUCAGCAGCUUCUCACAAACUGUUGAGAAAAAUCUUCAAGGCUAACCACUUGGAAGAUAAAAUUAACCUCAUAGAAAAACGGCCGGAAUUAUUAACAAGUGAGGACCUGAAGGACAGAAAGGUCUCUCUCCUCCUGGGCGAGCCGUUCUUCACUACCAGCCUGCUGCCCUGGCACAACCUCUACUUCUGGUACGUGCGGACCGCUGUGGACCGGCACCUGGGGCCAGGCGCCGUGGUGAUGCCCCAGGCGGCCUCGCUGCACGCUGUCGUUGUGGAGUUCAGGGACCUGUGGCGGAUCCGGAGCCCCUGUGGUGACUGCGAAGGCUUCGAUGUGCACGUCAUGGACGACAUGAUUAAGCGUGCCCUGGACUUCAGGGAGAGCAAGGAGGCUGAGCCCCACCCACUGUGGGAGUACCCGUGCCGCAGCCUCUCCGAGCCCCGGCAGAUCCUGGCCUUUGACUUCCGGCAGCUGGUGCCCCCACGGCUCCUGUGUGCCGAGGGCACCAUGGAGCUCAGGAGGCCUGGGAGGAGCCACGCAGCAGUGCUGUGGAUGGAGUACCACCUGACACCGGAGUGCACGCUCAGCACUGGCCUCCUGGAGCCUGCAGACCCCGAGGGAGGCUGCUGCUGGAACCCCCACUGCAAGCAGGCUGUCUACUUCUUCAGCCCUGUCCCGGAUCCCAGAGCACCGCUGGGCGGCCCACAGACGGUCAGCUAUGCAGUGGAGUUUCACCCCGACACAGGCGACAUCACCAUGGAGUUCAGGUGUUUGGCCUCAGUGCUGCACCAGCUGGUAGCCUGCCAGGACCUGAGACUGGACACAAGGCAGCUGUCCCAGAGCAGUUACUGAGAUGCAGACCCAGGAAAGUGGCUAUCAGGGGAGCCGGGAGGCAGCCCUGUUCCCUGCACC